GCCCGAAACAUCAGCUUUUGUGCUCCUGAGAUGCUGCUUGUCCUGCUGUGUUCAUCCAGCCUCACAUUUCAUUAUCCCCGAGUAAGGGCGCUGACUCGCUACGUCACUGUGAGUGGCAGCCUAUCUACCCAAUGGGACGCUGUACCGUGCCGCGAUUUGCGGCUGCUUUAACCAAUGGGAGCUGGCCUAGCCUGGCCUGGCCACGGCGUUCGGCGGUGGCGGUGAGUACGCGAGGUCGGGGAUGUGGCCUGUGCCUCUCCGAGCCCGGCUCUGCGCCGGCGGCUGAGAUCUUCCCCACGGUUUUGUACCGCAACAUUGGGAACUCCGCAGGCGAUCCAGUUACAUUGAGUGCAAUGGGUGAGCCACAGCAGGUGAGUGCGUUGCCUCUGCCUCCAGCACAGUACUAUAAGGAGUACACAGACGACAAUGUCCGCAAAGGCUUUGCUCCUAAGCCACCACCUCCCAUCAGGGACAGCUACACUAUGUUUGGCAACCAGUUCCAGUGCGACGACUUGAUCAUCCGUCCAUUGGAGGGCCAGGGCAUCGAGAGGCUCCACCCUUCACAGUUCGACCACAAGAAAGAGCUCAAGAAACUCAACAUGUCAAUCCUGGUGAACUUCUUGGACUUACUGGACAUCCUGAUCAAAAGCCCCGGGAGCAUAAAACGAGAGGAGAAACUGGAGGACCUCAAACUCCUGUUUGUUCACAUGCAUCAUCUGAUCAACGAGUACCGCCCCCACCAGGCCCGGGAGACGUUGCGUGUAAUGAUGGAGGUGCAGAAGCGGCAGCGGCUAGAGACGGCUGAACGCUUUCAAAAGCAUCUGGACCGGGUGAUGGAGCUGAUCCAGAGCAGCCUCUCCUCACUUCCUGAUGACCUGCCCGAAACUGGGGACCUCAUGGCCAAGGUGAAGAUUGAACCCAUCGAUGUGGCCGAGUGUGUUGGCUGUGGGCAAGCAGAAACCCAGAUAGACACCUCAUCCAAGAGUGAAGAAGUUAGCGAUAAAGAUGCAGCCAUGUGUGCUAUCAUUGAUGAUAUGACAUAGACACUUCGCCUAUGAAUAUAGCCAGACUGCUUAGAGGAGGCUGGUGCUGAAAGGAUUUUCGUAUAGUGCAAGUGGGUGUGAUAAAUUGUCAAUCUAGAUCCUCCCCUUCAACUAUAGUAGUAUGACAGACUGUGGACUGCUGCAACUAUUAGUGCCAGCAAUUUCCAGCAACAAAACUUGUGCAUUGACGAAGGAAUUUGCAUUAAUGUGACUUACUUUACGAUCUGGGUAUCCAACUGUACUCUACUGUCCGUGAACUGCUUAUGAAGUGCAACAUGUAGGAUCCUGCAUCUUUCCUUAUUCCGCUGCCUUUGGAGGUAUUUGUCUUCCUCACUCCCCAUUCCUAACUUUCUGAGUCCGCUUAUGGCAAGUGCUGAGGAGUCACAUUGUAAGAUCAUCUUUCGUGGAUUUCAUUUUCAUUCUGACAUGGUUCUGGAUUACACACGCUGUACACUGUGCUCCCAGCAGUUAUGUACCCUGUGGAGUGAACACACUGGCUGACAGUACUCUGGAUUAGAGAGUUAAAAUUCAUUUGUUUUCAUUUUCCCCCUCUUAUCCGCUUACCUUGUCACAGUACCUCUAACCCUAGCCUAAUCCCCUCUCCUUCUCCUAGGAGAGUAUAUUUCCAGUUUGGGAACGUGUCCUAGUAAACUUCAGUGUACCCUGUUCGAAGAUAUCCAGUUUCAUAAUAUCUCAGGAGUGAUUUAAUGUGAAUGGAGACUGGACUGAACAACCGAACCAGCUGUCAUAUCGUUCAGUGUGCUGUAAGACGUCUUCUGGGAAUUGAGUUGACAUUUAUAAACUGAAGAAAGUUACAUGUACCUUCACAAAUUGUGCAUGUUUACCUGGUAUUGUGAAUUUCUAAUGCCUGUUGUCUUCAAAGUCUCACUCUGCCAACACACGCUCCGGAACCUGGAGUCUGCUUCACGUUCUUCUUGAGUAGGUGCAGAGUUGAAGAUUAUAACUGACAAACCAAAUGGGGCAUUGGGUUUGAAAUUAAACUGGAGUAAAUUAGAACAGAAGCUGCAUUCUUUGACCUGGGGAAUGUCUUGAAGAUUUAUAUUGAUGGUAGUAGAAAUGCUAUCAAAUAGGAGAAGUUGAUGCUUUAUUGUGUUCUUAAGUGAAACAUUUCUGUUUCAAAAUAAAGGCUCUGUUGCCCAUUAUUCUCUGAAAUCAAA